UCCCAUGUGACAGCCGGCGAAGUCCAGCCUUCAAGGAGACGAAAAAGCCGUGGAAGUAGUGGGAAAGUUGUUUUUUUUCUGUCUUAUUUCAACGAGAUUUAUUUAUCAGACAUGCGGGUGGCAGUGAUUGGAGCUGGAGUUAUCGGCCUUUCAACAGCCCAGAGCAUCUAUGAGCAGUACCAUGCCACUGUAAGUCCACUGACCAUUGAGGUGUAUGCAGACUGUUUCACUCCACUGACCACCAGCGAUGGAGCUGCAGGUUUCUGGCAGCCUUACCUGUAUGACAAGGGCAAUAUCCAAGAGACAAAAUGGAAUAAAGAGACAUUUGACUACCUGUUGGGUUUCCUCAGUUCGCCCGAAUCAGUAAAAAUGGGUAUAUUCCUUCAGUCUGGCUACAAUCUCUGCUGUGAGCCUGCCCCUGAGCCCUCAUUUAAAGAUAUCGUUAUGGGCUUCAGGCAUCUUACAAAGCGAGAGCUAGCAAUGUUUCCUGGAUACAGCAAUGGAUGGUUUAACACUGCUCUCAUGGUGGAAGGAAAGACCUACUUACCUUGGCUGAUGGAUUGGUUGCAGACGAGGGGUGUGAAAUUUUACCACAGGAAAAUAGAAUCCUUCAAGGAGCUGGCAGAAACUGGGGCAGAUGUGAUAAUCAACUGUACAGGAGUGAGAUCAGGUGAGCUCCAGCCUGAUCCAGACCUCAAACCAGGACGAGGGCAAAUAGUGAAGGUGGAUGCCCCUUGGCUGAAGCACUGGAUUCUCACCCACAAUUUUACCACAGGAGUGUACAAUUCACCAUACAUCAUUCCAGGGAGCCGGUUGGUUACUGUUGGCGGAGUGUUUCAGCUUGGAAACUGGAGUGAACAGAACAACUCCACUGACCAUAAAAAAAUCUGGGAGGACGCAUGCAAGCUUGAGCCAAGCCUCAAGCAUGCCAGGAUAGUAGAUGACUGGGCAGGCCUCAGACCUGUUCGCAGCUCAGUGAGACUGGAGAGGGAGACUGUACAGUACAGACCAGCCAAAAUAGAGGUGAUACACAACUAUGGCCAUGGUGGUUUUGGACUCACCAUCCAUCGAGGCUGUGCCCAGGAGGCAGCAAGGCUCUUUGGUCAGAUUGUGGGAGAAAACGGCAGAGGAACAAGAGCUCGCUUAUAAAUAUGUGCCAUCACCUCUUGCCUUUAAUCUACUACUUCUGGCUGCUCCCGUUAGGGGUCGCCACAGCGGAUCAUCCAUUUCCAUUUCUUUCUGUCUUCUGUGUCUUCCUCUGUCACACCAGCCACCUGCAUGUCUUCCCUCACCACAUCCAUAAACCUCCUCUUUGGCCUUCCUCUUUUCCUCUUCCCUGGCAGCUCCAUCCUCAGCAUCCUUCUCCCAAUAUACCCAGCAUUUCUCCUCCACACAUGUCCAAGCCAUCUCAAUCUUGCCUCUCUUGCUUUGUCUCCGAACCGUCCAACUUUAGCUGUCUCUCUAAUAUAAUAAUUCCUAAUCCUGUCCUUCUUCGUCACUCCCAGUGAAAAUCUUAGCAUCUUCAACUCUGCCACCUCCAGCUCCGCCUCCUGUCUUUUCGUCAGUGCCACUGUCUCCAAACCAUAUAACAUAGCUGGUCUCACAACCAUCUUGUAAACCUUUCCUUUAGGUCUUGCUGGUACCCUUCUGUCGCAAAUCACUCCUGACACUCUUCUCCACCCACUCCACCCUGCCUGCACUCUCUUCUUCACCUCUCUUCUGCACUCCCCGUUACUUUGGAAUGUCCAAAGUCAACCUCUUGCCUUUAAUAACAAUAGUAAAUACAGUAUAUUAAGCAGAUUAAUUCAGUUGUGAAUGAUUCUAACAUCAUUUUUAAAGGUAUAAAAAAAGAGGCUUGUAAGAUUUUAAAAGCAAAUCAUCGGGGGGGACAUGGUUUGAUGUUGGAUAUUCAAUAAAUGAGUUUGAUUGUCGAGUUUUAGGAUCUUGGGGAGCUAAAAAAUUUUGUGCAAUAUAUAUUUUUUUAACCUUUCCAAGCAAAUGUGAAAAUAGAAAAAAAGGUGAUUUGUUAAUUUAAUUUCACUGUUUGAAAUAAAUGACAUAAACUCAACAUUCUUUUUGAAAUAUAAUUUACUAUUGUAUCAUAUUAAUUUACAUCCAGUGCAGUGACAAGAACCUGUGCACAAACACUUAAUGUAGUACUAGUUUAGAUACACAGGCAGGUAGGACUCAGCUUGCUGCACCUGUGUUUCGUUCAGAUUCAGCAAUACCUUUAUCAGAAUAUGAAUUGUACAAUCAGAUUGGGCAAAGGACAUCCCCACAUUUCUUACAAACAAAAACAUGGACAACAACAAAACAAGGUAUUCAUACAAUAUUUACAGAUAUUACCUAUGCUCAGUGAAUACAGAAUGUAAUGUUUUUUCUGCUUAAUGAGUGAAUGUUUAUGUAGGAAUGUAAUAUUAAUGUUAAGAGAACAACAUGGGUUUGGGUUAUUGACUGAAGGACUGUAUAACCAUGUUCAUCUAAAGGAUCUCAUUCCUGUUAUCUAACUCUUGCCAUACAGAACUAGUUUGCUUGGUGUGUUCAGAUUAUUUGAUAUUGGCCAUUUCAAGGCGCACUACAAUUUCUGACAAAUGCUGUCUAACUACUUUUCAAAAUUUGUAUGGUGGUUCCAUAUGGAGACAUAAAUAUAAUUUGUAUUGCUGGAAUAUACUUUUCCUGGAUUUGCAAACUGCUUAUUUCAUGUAAAAUGUUAUUUUCACUUUAACACAGAAAAUGAUGAUUUAAGACAACAGAAAAUGUGAAAAAUAGAGGCAAGUACUACUUGUUCCCAAAUCAGCGUGCUGACAACAUGCUGAUUUAUGUCAUCCUGCUGUCUGCCUUACA